GCUGGGAGAGGUAGCCUUGGAUGCAAACCUAUCUUGAGUGAUCAUCUCGAAUGCCUCUAAAGGCCCGCAACGGACGAGCUUUCAAUGAGAGCAGAAAUAGCAAAACUACGCCAAGGCAGUAGAAACCCUCUCUCUUCGGCCGAUGGUCUCACUUCGGACGAGGUUGAUAUAGACUGAAGCCACCUGACCCCUCCUCCCGACACCUCUCAUUACGAGCCGUAGUAGCCACUCCCAGAACCCUAGAAAGGAACACCACAUCGUUUUGUCGACCCCCAAGAUCAUACCGAAGUAGCCGUUAGGACGCGCCCGACGGAAGAGCCAACGCCUCUUAGACCAUAUGAUGGAGUCGUUGAAUCAAAACCCACCAUCUAUCGCCAUCCUCGGCGCGGGCAUUGGUGGACUGGCUCUCGCCAUCGGCCUCUUCAAGCGAAAUGUGCCGGUAACCAUCUACGAAGCCGCCGACCGGUUCUCCAUGGUGGGAGCCGGCAUCGGCCUAGGCCCCAACUCGCUGAACGCCAUGGACCUGAUAGAUCCGAGGUUCCGGCGCGAGUACGAUAAGGUGAAGACGGCGAACGAGAAGCCGGACUUCGAGCACAGCAUCUUCGACGCUCUGUACGCCGAGCAAGGCUUCGGCGAAAAGAGAGGGUGGACGCGCGGCCUCAUCGGCGCCCCCUAUUUCACGCGGAGCAGCGCCCACCGCAAGGACCUGCUGGAGAUCAUGGACAGCUUCAUCGACCACGGCAGCGUCAGGUUCGGAAAGCGCGCGGAGUCCGUCGAGCAACAAGGGGACAAGGUCCUCAUCAGAUUCCGGGACGGAGAGGUGGCGACGGUCGACGCGGUUGUCGGGUGCGACGGGGUGAAGGGGAUUACCCGCCGGACCGUGCUGAGCGACAUCGCGCCAGAAGAGGUCCAGCCGACCUUCUGCGGCAUGUACAUCUACCGAGGUAUCGUCCCGAUGGACAAGGCAAAGGAGAUCUUGGGCGCCCAUGCCGGGGACGCCAAGUUUUUCAUGAGCCAGGGAAAGGCCGUCGCCGUCUACCCGAUCUCGCAGGGCAGAGAGGAAAACUUUGUGUUCUUCGUGACAGAUCCGAAGUCUUGGCUGGACGGAGACACCGCGAUCCCCUGCACCAAGGAGGAGAUGAUAGCAGAUCUAGAUGGCUUCGAUGAUAGACUCCUCAGGUUGCUUGAUUACGCUAGACCCCUUCGGUGGCCGACGUGGCACCACCCCAAGACGUCUUCGUUCUAUAACGGACGGGUGUGUCUGCUCGGUGAUGUGGCGCACGCCUGCACCCCACACCAAGCUGCCGGGGCGGGCCAGGGAUUAGAGGAUGCCGCGAUCCUCUCUCACCUGCUGGCCCUGGUGAAGACCCCGGCCGAGAUCGAGCCCGCGUUCCGGGCCUACGACGCCGUCAGGCGGCCGCGGGCGCAGAAGGUCGUCCUCACCAGCUACGAGGCCGGCAUCAUCUACACCUGGCAGCAUCCGGAGAUCGGGAGCGACAUGGACAAGCUGGUCAUCAACGCCAACCAGAGACUACAUUGGAUCUGGCAGCACGACCUCAGAGCGGAUGCUGCAGAGGCCGAGCGCCAAUUCCGCAGGUGGGUAGCACCCGAGCGGUGACAUAUGAAUAACAAAGAUGGAUGGUGGCUGGGCAGUAACAAAACACGAUCGAACCUGUGCCGGCGAUGACAGGCAGGUGUGUGAAUGAUGAGAGCGACCGCCUCGUCCGCUCGGGAUCUCAGAGCGUCCAGGUCAACCGUUUCCGAGUGCCGGGAGUGCUUGUGAGAGCUCGGGUGGCGGAAGGGAAGGGUAUGUGCGAGGGUGAGAAGGGGGUGCCGCUUUCAUCGGCCUCGUUAGGUAUAUGCAUUAGAUGUAUUAUAUAUCCUC